AAGAAAAACCGGAAGCACCGUGACGUCACAGCAGUCAUGGCGUCCACGGCGGCGACCCGAUCAGCAGCUGGAGCAGCUAAAGUGGUUAAGCCUCUGUUUAGCCGGGACUUGGACGAGGCUAAGCGGAGGGUCCGGGAGCUGUACCGAGCCUGGUACCGAGAGGUCCCCAACACAGUGGCAACCUUUCAGCUGGACAUCAAAACUCGCCAAGGAAGAGACAAAGUGAGGGAGAUGUUUGACAAAAACAAGCAUGUCACUGACCCCCGUGUGAUCGACAUGUUAGUCAUUAAGGGGAAAAUGGAGCUUCAAGAAACCAUCAAUGUCUGGAAGCAGAAGACCCACAUCAUGCGUUAUUUCCACGAGACUGAGCAGCCUGCUGCCACCGACUUCCUGUCCAAAUUCUACGCGGGCCACAACCCAUGAACUGUUCGGGCAACUGCUGACCUCUGACCCCUCUGUGCUUGUGUCCUGUAUGACCGAUGUUCCCCUUUGAUGUAAAUACACACUUAACACUCA